CCCUUAGGCAAAGAAUAUUCAGUCUAAAGAUACAAUCAUGAAGCUAUUCUGUUUACUUGGACUACUGGCGCUGGCGUGCGCAGUAAGCGCCAUGCCUGUUGAGGAUCGCGUUCAUGGCGAGAAUGGUUGGUAUAUACCCCAACAAGACGGCUCCUUCAUAUGGAUGGAUAAGGAUGAGGCCGAGGAUAUGCUAGAGAAGGGCGAGGAGAUGGAAGGUCGUAUCAGCACCAAUGCUGUGGCCUUUUACCUCUACACCAAUUCUAAUCCCACCAAGGGACAGCAGAUCUCAACCAAGUCUUCCUCCAUAACUGGCUCUCACUUCAAUAAGGAUCAUCCUACGCGCUUUGUCAUCCACGGCUGGACUCAGAGCUACAGCGCUCCCAUGAAUACCGAAAUCACCAAGGCCUGGCUAUCUCGUGGUGACUACAACGUUAUCAUUGUCGACUGGUCCCGCGCUCGUUCCGUUGACUACGCAUCUUCAGUGUUCGCUGUGUCCGGUGCUGGUGGCAAGGUUGGAGAAAUGAUCAAGACGCUGAACUCUCAGCACGGCAUGUCCCUGGACACACUGUACGUCAUUGGCCACAGCUUGGGCGCUCAUGUUGCUGGCUACGCUGGCAAGACCGUUGGAGAAGGCAGAAUCCACACCAUUAUUGGCCUGGACCCUGCUCUGCCCCUGUUUAGCUAUGACAAGCCCAACAAGCGUUUGAACUCCAACGAUGCUCACUAUGUGGAGUCUAUCCAAACCAACGGCGGCAAACUAGGCUUCCUCAAGCCCAUUGGCAAGGGCGCCUUCUACCCCAACGGCGGUCAGAAGCAGCCUGGCUGCGGUCUUGAUGCUACUGGCUCCUGCUCCCACGGCCGCUCUACGAUCUAUUACGCCGAGGCUGUCACCCAGGACAACUUUGGCACCAUGAAGUGCAGCGACUACGAGAAAGCUGUGGCCAAGCAGUGCGGCAGCACUUACAGCAGCGUUCGUCUUGGCGCCGACUCCAAUGCCUACAUGGUCGAUGGUGACUUCUAUGUACCUGUCAACAGCAAGGCUCCCUUCGGCAAUAUUAACUAAGCUGAGCGAAUAAAUGAAAAUUGCAUACAAAUCA